AUGAAUUAAGAAGACAUAUUCCUAAAGAAAUAAUGGUUCAUUAAGUCUUGUGAAGGAAAGAUAGAAUAAUUUUAUGAUAUAAAUCUCAAAAAAGUAUUGUAAUUUUUGAUAACGUUUAGGUAAUUGGUUCUGGAACAUAUGGAAGUGUUGUCAAAGCUGCAUUAAAAGGCACUAAAUAAUAACGUGCUGUUAAAGUAAUUCCUAAGUCUAAAGUCAAAAACCCAGAAAGAUUUAAGAGAGAAAUUGAUAUACUUAGAGCUUUAGAUCAUCCAAACAUUAUUAAAUUAUAUGAAACAUUUGAAGAUUAAAGAAAUGUAUAUUUAGUCAUGGAGUAAAUUUGCAAUUAAUUUUCUAUAGAUUAUGUGAAGGAGGAGAAUUAUUUGAUAGAAUCAUGGAUAAAGGAUAUUUUAAUGAAGCUGAGGCACAUAUUAUAUUUCUUUAGAUUAUGCAAGUAUUUUUAUACUUAAAUUUAGGCAUUGAAUUAUUGUCAUUCCAAUGGAAUUUGUCAUAGAGAUUUGAAACCAGAAAACUUUUUGUUUUUAACUAAAGCAGAAGAUUCUCCUCUUAAAGUAAUUGAUUUUGGAUUAAGCAUUCUAUUUGAAGAAGGACCUUAAAAACCUGGUACAUAAAAGGUUUCGAUGAAAACUAAAGCAGGGACACCUUAUUAUAUUUCUCCUGAAGUAUUGAAAGGAAAUUAUGAUGAAUUAUGUGAUAUUUGGUCAGCAGGAGUAAUAUUAUAUAUUUUACUUUCCGGUGUUCCUCCCUUUUAUGGAGACACUGACCCAGAAAUCUUGGAAGCUGUUUAAAAAGGCAAAUACUCUACAGAUAUACCUGAAUUUAAAUUUGUUAGUGAUUCUGCGAAAGAUUUAAUUUCAAAUAUGAUCACUUCUCCAGAUAAAAGAUAUAAAGCUUAACAAGUUUUAUAGCAUAAAUGGAUGAAGGAAAAGAAUAAACCAAAUAAAGAACUCAAGUUGAAUUAUGGGGCAUUAAAGAAUUUUGUAGGCAGUAAUAAAUUAAAAAAGGUUGCCCUCACAUUUAUUGCAUCUUAAUUAAAUGAAUAAGAAAUAAGUCAUUUAGGAAAGUAAGAAAUUGAUUAAUUUAGAUUAUUUAAAUAAUUGGAUAAAAAUGGAGAUGGAGUUUUAACAAUAGAAGAAAUUAGAGAAGGAUUAAUAGGAAUGAGUGAUGAUUAAUCAAAAGAAUUAGCCAAUGUCAUUAAAAGUAUUGAUACUGAUGGAAAUGGUAACAUUAAUUACACUGGUAAUAAUCAAUUUCUAUUACAAAAGAAUUCUUAGCUGCAACUAUGGAGAAAUAGUUAUAUAUGAAGGAAGAAAAACUUUAUUAAGCUUUUAAAAUGUUAGAUUUGGAUGGAAGUGGCAAGAUAGACAAAAAAGAGUUACAAUAAGUGCUUGGAAGUAUUUAAUUUAGUUAUAAUUUAGAGUCUGAUAAAAUAAUUGAUGAAAAAUAUUGGGAUGAUAUGAUUAAGGAGGCAGAUAAAAAUGGAGAUGGAGAGGUAUAUUUAAUUAUAUUCAUAUAAUAGAUUGAUUAUAAUGAAUUUAUUGAAAUGAUGGAUAGAUUUAGUAUUAUGAAUUGAG